UGCGGAACCUCUGGCGGCUGCGGGCCAGGCAGCUGGCGAGCAGGACGCUGCUGUGGAGCACCAGGGGAACAAGAAGCUCCAGGCCAGAGGGGGGUGAAAGAGGAAGCGGCUUUGUCUCCAGAUUCGGUGUAAAUCUGGCCCCGUUUUUAUGCACCUGGUGAGGACCUGCACGUCCCAGCGCUUAAUUUUCUCAUCUCCAAGGUGCCCUGUCGUUUGAGGCCUCGGUGUGCCCCCUCAGUUCUCUACAUUCUUCCAGGAGCAGCAGAAAAUGAUCACAUCCCAGGGAUCACUGUCAUUCAGGGAUGUGACUGUGGGCUUCACCCAGGAGGAGUGGCAGCACCUGGACCCUGCUCAGAGGACGCUGUACAGGGACGUGAUGCUGGAGAACUACAGCCACCUCAUCUCAGUAGGGUUUUGCAUCCCUAAACCAGAAGUGAUCCUCAAGUUGGAGCAAGGAGAGGAGCCAUGGAUAUUGGAGGAAGAGUCCCCAAGCCAGAGUGUCCCAGAAUUAAUUGAUAGCAGUAGAAACUAUUCAAGAAAGAAGUUUGAUGAAUUUAACAAAGGUAGAAAAUGGUUCCAUGAUGACAAGCAUGAAGGAAUUCACUCUGAAGAGAAACCUUAUGAAUAUAAUAAAAAUGGGAAUGGCCUCUGUCUUAAUGAAGACUCUGUUCAGCAUCAAAAAAUUCAAAUUUUGGAGCAACCUUUUGAAUACAGUGAAUGUAGGAAAGCUUUCCAUGAGAAUUCACUCUUUGUUAUACAUAAGAAUCCUUACACAGGACAGAACACCUGUGAAUACACUGAAUACAGAAAAACCUUCUGUGAUAUGUCAUCUCUCUUUGCUCAUCAGAGAACACAUCCAAAAGAGAAUCACUAUGAAUUUAAUGAAUGUGGAGAAAAUUUCUUUGAGGAAUCCAUUCUCUUUGAACAUAAUGUUCACCCUUUGAGCCAGAAGUCAGAUCUCAUUCCAAUUCAGAGAAGCCACUCAAUUGACAAUAUAAUUGAAUAUAAUGAAUGCAGAAACUUCUUCAAUGAAAAAUUAGUCUUUGGCAUACAACAGAGCAUACAAACAGGAGAAAAACGCUAUGAAUGUCAUGAAUGUGGAAAAACCUUCAACAAGAAGUCAGCCCACACAAGACAUCGGAGAACCCACACUGGGGAAAAAUCCUGUGAAUGUCAUGAAUGUGGGAAAACUUUCUGCAAGAAUUCAGACCUCAUUAAACAUCAGAGAAUUCAUACAGGGGAGAAACCUUAUGAAUGUCAAGAAUGUGGGAAAUCCUUCAGUGAAAAGUCAACCCUCACCCAACAUCAUAGAACACACACAGGGGAGAAACCAUAUGAAUGUCAUGAAUGUGGAAAAUCCUUCUCAUUUAAGUCAGUCCUUACUGUACAUCAGAAAACACACACAGGGGAGAAGCCCUAUGAAUGCUAUGAAUGUGGGAAGGCCUUUCUCAGAAAAUCAGACCUCAUUAAACAUCAAAGAACUCACACAGGGGAAAAACCUUAUGAAUGUAAUGAAUGUGGGAAAUCCUUCUCUGAGAAGUCAACUCUCACUAAACAUUUGAGAACUCAUACAGGCGAAAAGCCCUAUGAAUGUACUGAAUGUGGAAAAUUUUUCUGCUACUACUCGGGUUUCACAGAACAUCAGAGGAGACAUACAGGAGAGAAACCUUUUGGAUGUAAUGAAUGUGGGAAAAACUUCCGUCAGAAAUCAGCCCUAAUUGUUCAUCAGAGAACUCACGUAAGACAGAAACCCUAUGAAUGUAAUGAAUGUGGAAAGUCAUUCUGUGUGAAGUCAAAACUCACUGCACAUCAUAGAACACACACAGGGGAGAAACCCUAUGAAUGUAAUGUUUGCAGGAAAUCAUUCUAUGUGAAGUCAAAACUUACUGUACAUCAGAGAACACAUUUGGGAAGAAACCCUAUAAAUAUAAUAAGUGAGGGAAAUCACUCUGGGUGAAGUCAAGAGUUUAUAGAACAAAGAACACAAAGCAGGGAGAAAAAUCUAUUAAGAUUUUGAGAACAUCUUUGGUCUAAAGUCAGCUCUCAUAAUACAGCAGAGAACUUACAGAGGGAAGAAAAUAAUAUGAUGUUCUGGACAUAGGAAAAUUUUCUACUGGAAUUUGGACCAUACAGUGUAUCAGAAAGCUCAGAGUACAGAAAACCUACUGGUGAAUGAAUACAGGGAACCUUCUGCCCAAAGCCACACUUCACUAAACAGAGAAAUCACACAGGGUAGAAACCUCUAUCAGUAUUCAUAGAGAAGACUUCAUCCACAGGCCAGAGAAAAUGCAAAAACUAUAGAAAGUUACAGGAAAGCAUUUACUAGGAGUUGGUGUUUUAUUGGACUUGUGUGAAAUGUUUGAAGUAGCAUUUCAGUGGACAUCAGAAAGUAAUUU